CAGCGUUAGCGAAUAGUGCGCGUAAACGACUUUCGUGUAAUACUGGACGUUAGCGGGUAUUUCGAGAAUGCCAAAUACUCGUCUUGAUAAUUUCUUCCGAGUUAGUAAGACACCUCAAAAUGUAGGAAGAGCCAAAAGAGCAGUUCUUGAGACCUCGCCUGAAACAGAGUUAUCCAGAUCAAAGCGACCAGCUUAUCAGCGUUUUUCUCACCUUACCAAACCGACUCAAGAGUCCGCUCCUGAGGCUGAAACAAUAAGAACUACUGUCAUAAAGUUAGAUAAACAAAGUGAAGUCCUAAGCAGCUCCUCAUUUCGCCCUCCGCCUCAAGAAAAGACCGUCAUACAGCUGAAAAAACGCACACAGCUGAAGAAAGUGAUCAAGCUAAAAUCAUCUCAGUCAUCAGACUCAAUACAAGAUAAUAGUUCAAAGCUGCCUGCUUUUAAACGUUUCGCUCACUUAUCAGAACCUGUUUCUUCAUUAAAGCCACAAUCGACUGAACCUGAAACUUCUAUUGAAACUCAGAGUGCUGUAUCUUCUAAGGAUCUUGAUUUAACACAAACAGAUUUAACAGUCCCUCCUGAUCUUUUUCUUCCUCACAACUUACAAGUUUUGUUGGAACUUUUUCGAAGUUGUGAUACAGUUGUCAGCAUGCUGCACAACAGAAAAGAACUUUGCAGUUUCGAUAAAAUCCAACCAGCUGUUCAAGAAAUUACGCGCAGGAAUUUUGAAGAAACUCAUAUCGGUCAAUUUCUAACUGUCUAUCCUAUGGUUUAUUUUCUGCGCUAUGAGAAGCAGUUUGAUAAAUUCACACAUCGAUUAAAUGGGAAUUAUGUACUCGUUUUAUCACCCAAUUUACGUACUGAUGGAACAAAAGUUGGACAUGAUUCUCCGUCGAAAGGAUUUCUACCAUUCAGUGGGACGCGGUUAAUUCAACGUCGAAAUCGUUUCCAUUCUCUGUUAAUUAAUCUAGUUUUAAAAUCACAUCGGGUGUUUUUAACUUCGGAGCUUGGAAUAGAUCCAUCUGAACUUCCAGAAGAUUCAUCCCUUCGUCGUUGGCAUCCGAAAUUCCCUUUAGAAUCUGCUGUUGCAUAUAUAGUUUCAUCACCAUUGCCUAUUAGGCCAUCAGAUUUUGAGCAGAAGAUUACAUCAGCAAAAGAUGCUGUCAAAGCAUUUCAAGCUCGUGCUCUGUUUCGUGAAGCCGAUACGUGUCAUCAAAUAUCUCUGUCCAAGCAACAACUAUCUCCUAUACCAAGUCCAAAGAAGUCUGUAGCAGCAUCGCCACUGAAAGUAUCCAAUAUUAUUGAUAGCACAGCAUAUACAGCAAGCAAUCUUGUAGGUGUGCAAACAGAUUCUAAAGAGUCUAACGAUAGAGUGAUUACUUCUACACCGAAUAAUUUAAAGGGUAUAUCUCUAGCACUUCUCAAUAAAGUGCGUGCUCGGGAAAAUGAGCGACGUCUUCUUACUGAGCUUACUUAUGGGAAAGUUUCAGAGACCAGACGAGCUAUUUACUGUCGUUUACCAUUAAUAAUAACUCAGGUUUGGAGUAUUUUACGUCCAUGCAAUGCCCGUCCACUUCCACUGUCAACUGUCGCUGUUCGUGUGGCAGACUCUCAUCCUAGCGGACUUUCUGCAGAUGUUGGUGAGAAGUUAAUUAUCUGUUGGUCCAGUUAUCCUGAAAUCUAUUACUUUCCCAUACGGGCUUCGGGUCCCAGUUUGAAUAUCGACACUGGACUGCAAGCAUAUCCAGCUAUGAAGAAUUCCAUAUGGGACGGAAUGCACGUCUUAGAUACCACUGUUAGCUACAAUCCAUCUAUUCUAGAAACCUAUCCGAAGAUGGAUAUAUCGAGGAAACUUGGAUACAUAUGUCAAGAAAGACCAGUCGAAACUUGGUCCUGAAUUUAAACAGGAUACUUCAGACCCUUACUGAUAAUGAUAUGUUACUUUUCUAGUUUUAUUGUACUAUUAUAGUCACUGGGAAUAGUUAUAUUUCAACAAUAUAAUUUUGUUAAAGAAUUAGUGAUUAUACAGUCAAAUAGUUCUGACAUUUUGUCCAGGAGUUUGGUUUCAGGUUCUUUAUGGAAAUAAGCACAGGAUUCUCCGAUAACUUUUUUCUAUUUCAUUAGAAACUCUAAUUAAACAGUCGAACAUAAUGUUCACACUGUAUUUCACUUCCACCACUUAGAUUUUUAAAAAUAAAAUUCAAUUUUUUCCUAUUUACUAUUAGUCACCUUAAUGUUUGUGAAACUAUUCAAUCGAAUCUCGACAAAAACUUAUUUAAAAUUAGUCUAAUUGUAUAACAUUAGUAACUGUUAAGUGGAUAAGGUUUAUAAAUACACUUGCUUGAACACACUAUGCGUUUAGUGCUUGUAAGAGAAAGAAACAUAAUAAUCAACACUGCAGCCUAGGUACCUCUAACUGACGAGUCCCAUAUAAGAGCAAAUGCUCGUCCUGGAUCUCACCGAUAGCCAUUCGAUAAAACUUUUAACAGGAUGGCAAUAUCAAUGCGAUUCGCAUAGGAUCCACAUAUAUGCCAACAAAUAAUAAACCCUGUUACGGCCGACAGUAGGGAGUCAAUACCCUCUCUCGAAAUGCUCUCACAUAGCCACACAUAUACAGACACUGCCAAGGAAAUCCUACUCACUGUCUUCUCGAGGCAGUGUUUUUUACGAAAUUGAGAGGAAGAAAGCGAAUAUCCGGCACUUUAACCUGGUUGGUCAGUAUCGAGGAUUCACUCUGAUUCUAAACCAAUCGUGCACAUGGGUCCUAGGAUCUUGACGGAACAAAUAGCGUAUGAACCUAUUAUUGAUCACCGGCUACUCUGAAGCUGCAUCUCCUGACGUUGCUCCAUUACCUUGUGAAUUAUACCUCCGGGUUAAUGGCUCAAGGAAUGACGUCGCAAGAAAACCACCUGUUCAGUUUGGGUUUCCAGGCAGUAUCCCAGGCCUCACACAAAUCAAAUGAUUUGUUUAGUGCCUCCUUGUACCAAUGUUUAUGUGUUUAAAUAAGUAAACAAAUGUUAAUAAUAAUGUAAAUAUCAUGUUCGUUGAAUAGUUAAUAGCCAUCUGGAGUGUAGCUCCAGUAGAUAGAUUGAACACUGAGUGUUUGAAACGAAAGUUACUACAGUUCAAGUUUCACUGUGAAUAUCAACACUGGAAUGCAAAUACAUGCAGCUAUGAUGAAACGCUCAACCUGUGGAUUCAAGUGCUAUUCACAGUCCAUCUAUCUUACAGAAAUAACGUAAAUGUUAUCAUGUUUCAGGUUUUUACGUAUACUCAUAAGUUAACUGAAUUCUUAACUUAACAUAUUUUGAUCUUAAAGACUCAGGUGCUUAUGAGUUAAAAGAUGAUCGUGCAUUGUUUCCUCAUUAAUCACUCUCUUGAUUCUAUCUUCUAUGAUUUUUCCUUCCUACGCGUAGAUGC